AGCGUCCGGUUGGCGUCUGUCAUAGUUAACACGAACAGUUUAUUAGACUUUAUUUUGCUGUUACGGCGGCGUCGAAACGUAUAUUAGUGCAAUAACAAAUGGUGCAUUUAUAGGAACUUUAUUAUUCUAGUGACCAAGAUGAACUAUGAUACGGAAAGAGCAAUGAAUCAGAAGCGGUUGCGGAUGGAGGGUGAACCGGGACACGGCGUUGUCCAAGGAAAUGGAUUACCGCUUAAUUAUAUCGAUAAUGGUCACCAAAUCCCGUACCAGCCGUAUGCCGGUGCGUAUAAUACGCAUUAUCCGCCGCCUGAGGCAUUCGCGGCCUAUGGGCCUCCACCUCCAGGGGGUUACGCUCCACAAAACUUGUCGUACGCGCCGCCUGCGCAUCAAAAUUACGCGCAUCAUCAGAGUUUCCCGCCACAACAACCAUCGCAGGCACAAUUACAUAUGGCACAAUCGCAUAUGGGUAUUUAUGGUGCGGAUGUUGGAGUCCACAAACCAACUUGGCCACAUCAACCACACUUACUCCCCCCACUGGACACCCAAAAACCCCUUGAUAUUAAACACUUGAAACCUGAGAUCAAAUUGGAACCAUCAGAUACACAAAAAAGACCCCAUCCAGAAGCUGAAAUGAUGGCAAGUGAUUUAGAACAGCCAAAAAUAAAAAUAAAAACAGACAUAUUCAAGCCAGACGACCUGGCACACCGGCCUGACAUUGAUAAACCACGAGAUGCAACAGUGAAACCACUGGACAUCGGCAAACCUACAGAAUUAUCAACAGUAGAUUUACCAACGGGGAGGUUAGACGUGGAGAAACCCACAGAACCUGGGAAGCCUGACAGUCUAUCAGAAGUUAAUAAGGAAGUGCGUCCUAAUGAAACUCUCCCUUCAGUCACACCAUCAGACAAAAGUGAAGAUGAAAGAAAACCAUUUAGCAGUCCGGAGAGUGCUAAGCCAGGCAUGACACCUGGUAAAAUAACACCUGGUCUAGAGCCGAAGAAGCGCGGCCGGCCCAAGGGCUCGACCAACAAGCCGAAGCCGCCGGGCACGCCGCCGCGCGCGCCCGCGCCGCCCGCGCCCCGCGGCGCCGCGCCCCCGCCGCGCGCCGCGCCCGUCGGCCGCCCGCGCGCGCCCGGCUACCAGUACGCGAUCCGCCCCUUCCGGAAGGACUUCUCGGGGAUACAGUUCCGGAGGCGGUGGAGCGACGACUGCCUGGACUCGUCGCACAUCCCGAACGAGGUGUACUUCGGCGACGUGCCGGUGCCGCUGUCGGUGCUGUACAACUACUACGACGCCAACGCGGAGCGCGAGCGGCUGGCGGUGCAGGCGGCGCAGCUGGCGGCGCAGAAGGCGGCGGCCGCCAAGCUGCUGGCCGCGCGCCAGCCGCCGCGCGCCGCGCUCGCCGGCGAGGUAACGACGGUAGACUCAUCAUCAGACGACUCAUCAGGCUCUGAAGGAAGUGGAUCGGAAGAAAGCGACGAUGACAUGCCUCUGAAACGCAGGCCGGGCCGGCCCAAGGGCUCAAAGAACAAUACGUCUCGAGCGUCCGGUACGCCGGGCACUCCGAGCACUCCGGGCCGGCGCGGUCGCCCGCCCGUGCCGCCCGAGCUGCGCCAACCGGGCAUCACCGACAUGCGCAAGUUUUGUAAAGCGGCUGGUAUACGCUUCGACUACAAGAAGCUCGUCGAGGGUUGCACAAAAAAUAAAGAGCGUGUAGCGAAAAUGUUAGAGUUACUAGUGAACGCCGGUUUAGAAGGAAAACCGACGCUCGAGAAGUGUAAAGCGAUAAAACAAGCUAAAAUGGACAAGAAGGAGCAGGAGAAAUUGGCGAAAAAGGAGGCUAAAGCCAAGCACAAAGAUGAUGACGACGGGUCGGGCUCGGGCUCGGGCGGCGCGGGCGCGGGCGCGGUGGCGCGGCGCAUGACGCGCGGCGCCACGGGCGUGAAGCCGCGCCAGCGCAUCGUCAUCUCGUCCGACGAGGAGGACGGCACGCCCGCCGCGCGCCGCACGCUCUCCAAGCUGCGCUCCAGCGUCAACGACGACUCCGACUCCGACUAG